AUGGCAGCAAAUUCGACCGAAACAUUCCUAAAUGUAAGUGCAACGAAUUCCACUCAACAGUUUCUCGAUACCAUUGUAAAAAAAUCUGACACAGCUCUCGAAAGUAUUGCAACAUUUAUCGAUGCGUUUGUCGAUAAUACAGUACAAAAUUCAACUGAACCAUAUUUUAAUAUCAAUGCAACAAAUAUAACUGAAGAAGUACUGGACAUUAUUGGUGUGAAACCAUAUGAACAAUUUUUCGAUGUAAUAUCAGCGUGUAUGCUCGUCAUUGUUGCGUUGGUUGGAACUACCGGUAAUUUUAAAGUGUGUAAUAUUGUCUACAGUAACAAGGAACUAAGAACCUCCGCGAACUUUCAACUCGUAUCGUUAGCUAUAACAGAUCUGUUAGUUUGUAUCUUAACAUCAUCGCUGCGGUUUAGUUUAACAGUGAAAAGUCUUCUAUAUGGGGAAAUCAACAUAAAAGGUCCGUUUUGUACAAGUCAAAUAUUUAUUUUUUACUUCUCAACCGUCACAACUGUAGUUUCUUUGGGAGCUAUCAGUGUUUCGAGGGCGAUAGGUGUAGCAGAUAAGUUUACACCACGCACCAAGAAAAUGGUGACCAUCUGUUCGAUCACUGUAUGUUGGACUACAGGGUUUGGAUAUGCCACAUGGAAGGCAUGGGCCGGGGAAGACCUCUCGUGCAAUUUAGAACCCAUAGGUCAGGAAGUAAAAACCGCAACAAGAGGUGCCGUAAUCAUAGUAUUUCUAACACUGUGUACAAUGGUUGUGUCAUAUUCCUACAUCUACCGCGUGAUCAAUCGACAUGAGAAAUCAUUUCAACGAGCUAUGAAGGCAGCAGGCAAUAGCCAGCAAAGUCAACGCAAACCAAUGGACCUUUCGACACUGAAG